CUGUUUCCAAGCUCCGUAGAGCGGAGAGGCGGGGCGCUAUGGUGGCCCCGCCCCCUGCCCCGCUAGCAUUUAGCGCGCUCUCCGAGUGCGGCCGGAAGCCGGCGCCUCCGAGGAAAGACUUUAAUCCACGCCCUCUCACACCGCCCUUUCCUGGGCGAUACCCACUAAGGGCGAGCUUGGCGCUCGCCGGGCACGCUGCGUGCCGAGCACACCCACCAGUCGCGGCGCUACGCGGUCCUCCCUGCCUCCCUGCGGGCGGGGCCCUGAGAAGCUUGCCUUUGAGUGGAAGGCGGGAAAAUGGCGGACUCCUCGGAGCGGGGCGCGGGAAAGCCCACAGUCACUGGUGCCCACAAGACAAAGGGAAGGAGAGUACAAGGAGGAAGAGUGGUUGAGUCCAGAUACCUGGAUUAUGAGAAGAAAACAAAGAAGGUUUCUGUACCAGCUGCUGGGAAGCCACCUGAGGGAAGGAAGACCAGCGCAUUGCCAAGGAGCAAAGAGGACAGCCGGGUGAUGGGAAGAGGAAACCUGCAGUCCACCAUGCUGGAAGGGCAUGGCACAGCUCCACUCGACCUAGACCUUUCAGCCAUCAAUGACAAAAGCAUGUUCAGAGAGCCUCCCCAGCUAGACAGGACAGCGUCAGAGAAAUCCGAGUCGACGUCCUUCACCACCCCACAGAGAAAGAGAACCCUUCACAAGAGGAGACGGGAUCUGCAGCAGACCAUGGACAUGAUGGAGUCACAGACACUGCUGCUGACCCUGCUGUCUCUGAAGAUGGAAGAGAACCUGACUCUGCUGGAGGAGAAGGCUGAGAAGGACUUGGCAGCCAUGUGCCGUGAGAAGGAGAGGCUACAGGGGCGGGUUCUGGAGCUGCGGCGCCAGCUGCUGCUCCGGCAGAAACACCAGGAGCUGGCUACCAUCCUGGAUGCCCAGAUGGAGGUGCUGGGCCCUUUCCAGGCUGUGUCAGAGCGCUUCAAGGAGCAAUACGAGACACUGGCCACAGCCUUGGACACCACUCGACAUGAGCUGCCCGUGCAGGCCAUCCACAUGCAGGGAAGUGGACAGGAGCUCCUAGAUGAUCUGCAGCCCGCCCUGAGGACCACCCUACAGCUCCUGGGCGAGCUGGGCAUCUGCUCCCAGGACCCCACUGCGCAGGUGCCGGAGGAUGCCAGUGCACAGGUGCUGUGCCUGCUGGAGGAGCUCAGGGACUUGACCGCCAAGAAGGACCUGGAGCUCCACAGGAUCAUCUGCCAGGUGCUGGAACUUUCCUCCCAGGCCAGUAAAGAAGCAGCAUUGAUAAACCAGGAAGUCUGGGAAGAGACCCAGGGCACCUCCACCUGCAGCCAGUGGUACUUCAAUCCAGAUGCCCUCAGGGACCACAGUCCCUGCCCUGGACAGGACUAAUCACAGUGCAGGCCUGACCCUUGAAUGGCUCCAGGCAGCCUGUCCUGCCACUUUGUGAGCGUUUCCCCAGCUGCCUGUUGGGCCGCUCAUACUCCCUCCUCAGCUUUUCCUCAUAUACCGAGGGAAGUUCUGGUGAUGCAGUUUUUGAAAAAAUUUUGCAGUUUCAUUUUCUACACUUUCCAUUUGGGACAUCACCAGCACUUCUGGGUUUUGUUUUGGGAUUUUGAGACAGGGUCUCUCUGCAGAGCCCUGGCUGUCCUGGAACUGAGUGACUACCAGGUCCCCAGCCCCUGUCCUUGCUAUUUAAUCCCAGCACUCAGAGUCCAGGGCCAGCCUGAUCUACAGAGUGAGUUCCAGGACAGCCAGAGCUACACGGAGAAACCCUGCUUGGAGAAAAAUAAAUAAAUUCUGAUGGA